CCCCAGCAGCGGUGGAGGAGGAGGCCGCGCCGCAACUCCCUCACGGAGGAGGACGGCAGCCAGGAGUUCUCCACCCGCAGCCGCUUCCUCUACUGUCUCUUCAGCCUGGGUACGGAGCUGGGCAACGAGCUCUUCUACAUCCUCUUCUUCCCCUUCUGCAUCUGGAACUUGGACGCCUGGCUGGGCCGGAGGCUUAUCAUCAUCUGGGUGUGGGUGAUGUACCUGGGGCAGUGCACUAAGGAUGUCAUCCGCUGGCCGCGGCCCGCCUCCCCGCCUGUGGUGAAGCUGGAAGUCUUCUACAACUCGGAGUACAGCAUGCCCUCCACCCACGCCAUGUCGGGCACCGCCAUCCCCCUGGCCCUCCUGCUUCUCAGCUACGGCCGCUGGCAGUAUCCCCUUAUGUUUGGACUGAUCCUUGCAUUCUGCUGGUGUUCUUUGGUUUGCUGUAGUCGAAUUUAUAUGGGAAUGCAUUCGAUUUUGGAUGUUAUUGCUGGAUUUCUUUAUGCUAUUCUUAUCUUGGUUGUCUUCCAUCCAGUUGUGGACCUGAUUGAUAACUUCAACUUAACUUACAAAUAUGCACCCUUAAUUAUCAUCAGUCUCCAUUUAGCCCUGGGCAUCUUCUCUUUUACUCUGGACACCUGGAGCACAUCACGAGGAGACACAGCUCAGAUACUGGGCUGUGGUGCUGGAGUAGCCUGUGGCUCUCACGUUAACUACAUAGUGGGUCUAAAGCUAGAUCCUCAUCCCGAUACCUUACCUUUGUCUCUUUCCUCUGUCACUGUGACUGUGUUUGGAAAAGCCAUAUUGCGGUUGUUGAUCGGAGUAAUAGUUCUGUUGUUAACAAAAGUAGGGAUGAAAAAAGCCACUAUUCCACUGGCAUGUAAAAUAUUUCGCAUCCCACACGACGAUGUACGGAAAGCAAGACAACGCAUGGAAGUUGAGCUUCCCUAUCGCUAUAUUACAUAUGGAAUGGUUGGUUUCUCCCUGAUGUUUAUUGUUCCUUGUCUUUUCCAUUUUAUUGGUCUUUCUUGA